AUGGCUGCUGCCCGGCGCCUCGCAUUCAUCUUGGCGGCCUUCUCCGUCUUGGCUUCGACUUGGACCUGCUGCACUGCUGAAGACGAACUGGAGCUACAGGCCCGGAUGACUCCCUGCGAGCUGAUACAAUACCUCGACUAUCCCUGCGAAAUCAGCUACGCCACCACGGACGACGGUUACGUCCUGGAAGUGGACAGAGUGCGACGUGGACGCCAGAGCAACGCAACGGCCAGGGAGGAGCAAAACGGGACCAGUCGCUACCCUGUGCUGUUUGUGCCGGUGUUCGCUAGUGCCUCGGACAUAUGGUUUAUAAACUACCCUUCGCAGACUCCAGGCUUCCUGUUCGCCGACGCUGGCUUCGACGUAUGGUCGAUGAACUCGAGAGAAGCGGAGCGGUACUCUAACCACACGACCCUGUCCAAGGACGACCCUGAAUACUGGAAGUUCAGUUUCGACGAGAUCGGCCGCUACGACGUUGCUGCUGGAGUCGAUCACGUGCUCAACGCUACCGGUGCGAUGAGGCUUACCCUCGUGAGCUUGUCGCAGGGCAUCACCACUAUUCUGGUUUUGCUGUCUACGCGGCCGGAGUACAACGACAAGGUGAACACGCGCGAACUGUGCGACUAA